AUAUUAUUGCUGAAUAUAUAGUUAUAGUACAAUGAAUUUUUGAAAAUGUAUUCGAUUAUAUUUCUACAAUACAUUUUACAAAUUAACGAAACUACCUACUAAUAAAUUUCACCAGGAAACCGCAAUAUUUUCAAAAUUAUUUUACUUUGCUUGAGAAUAACUAACUUGGGAAUAAAUGAGGAUAAGAAUUACAGACGAUAUAGUCUUAAGCUGGAAGGACUUAACAGGAUAACAUAGAACGAGGAGGAGUAAUAUGGAAAAUUCUUUGGAAAAGAUGCUCUUGGAAGAACUUUCUUGUCCGGCAUGUUAUAAUUAUAUGUCACCUCCCAUAAAUCAGUGUCAAGAAGGUCACAGUAUUUGCCACGAAUGCUUCAAUCAAGUUAAGAUUUGUCCAACCUGCAGAGGAAAAAAAAGCGAAUCUUGUAGAAAUUAUUCCUUGGAGGCUAUUUAUAGAGUGUUGAACAUACCAUGCAGGAACCAAUUUCUAGGUUGCGAUUUUAUUUCUACUGGAGCUUAUAUCAACAAUCAUCAAAAAUAUUGUUGGUUUAGAAAAAAUAAAUGUCCUUUCUACAACUACGACAAUUGCCAUUGGGAAGAUUCUAUGAACAAUUUGAAAGACCAUCUGACGCGCGAACAUUCUAAUAAUUUUUAUCAAAAAGAAAGACAAAAAUUCGUAUCUCAAAAUUUUAAAAAAAUCAAAGGUUACCAUUACAUUUUCGCCAUCAUGUUUGCACAUGGAGUCUACUUCAGAUUAACUUGGGAAGUUCAAGAACCAGGAGGUCUGACGCGAUGGGCAGUUCAAUAUAUGGGUGAUCCAGCCGAAGCAGAGUUAUAUAGUUACAAACUAGAAAUCAAUAAAUUUAUAGAAUCCAAACAUUCACUAGUUCCUCUUACGUACAUUUCCACGUGUGAGGUAAAACCGGAAAAGGGUAAAUUCGAAAACCAUAGAUGUUUUUAUAUACACAAAUAUCAACUGGAUGAGUAUUGUUCCAGCAAAGGCGAUCUACACUACAAAAUUACAAUUUAUUCUUCAGAAAGCACCGAUGGACUUUCAGAUCCCAUAAAAGAAUUCGAACAGAAAUUGAAGCAGCGUAAAAAUAAUGCUUUAGCAGUUAUUAAAGAAGAAGAUUAGAAGAAAUUAAGACUUGCCAUUCAUAAUCAUCAAUAAUUAUCCGUUGAAAGUUUUAAAUUAUCUCCUUAUUAAUUAUGAUAUUUAUACUAUUAUUUAAUGCUGAAAAUAAUUUAUAUUUAGAUGUCUGACAUUAGUUUUAAAUAUCUUUGUAUAAUUAAAAAAUAACAAUUUUCAUCGAUUCUUUUAAACCUCGUGGAUUAGUAUUCUACACUUGGUAGUUUCUAGUCUUUCAUCGUCCAAUAUCUUCAAUUUCAGUAGCCAAAUUUGUUCCUUCUAUAAAGAUUUAUUACCUAAAAGAUUUUCCACACGAUUUCAUACAAAAUAUCCACGUUUGUUUUGGCAAAUGAAAAUUUCUUUUCUUGAUUGUUUGUAGUCUAGAUUGUCGACAAUCGAUUAUGUAUUUGGAGCGUUUCCACGAAAAAGUAUUUAUUUAUUGUACACUUUUUUGGCAACAGUAUCGUUAAUACUUUGAGCUAAAUACCCAUGUUCCAUUUUUUUCAAUUUAUACACUCAAAAACUCGAAAACAACUACUAGUCUCUGUAGUAGGAAAUUGAUUCAAUUCAUAUUGAAAGUGAUGACUACAUACAACUCAAAACCUCGAAGUAAGUCAUAUCUUCGAGUGGUGUUAUUUUAUUAUAAUUAUUUGCUUCAUCUAUCUCAUCCUCCGUUGUGCCAAAAUACCCAUUCUUACCCUUUGGUUUUGAAAAUUGUUAAACUGAACUGGUUUUGCAGAUGCAUCAAGAGUCGCCUCGAUCGUUUGGUACCAGAUGCUUUUCGGAUCGUUUUCAAAGAUAUAAACAUAAAUUUGGCAUUUAUGAAUCCCUCUUUUUGUUUCAAAUUGUUCAUCUGUAUUAAUUUCAUCAAAUUAUCGAAACGAAAUAGAUGUAAAUAUGCACUAUUUGAAGAAGUUUCGAAUGAUAGGUCGAUUCGAACGGAAAGUCUUGUUGAAGGUUUGGUAUACUUCAAAAUAGCUGAUUUUAUAAAAAUGCUCAAACAGCUUGUUGAUUAUUGGGUUAAAACAUUGCAACCAAUGAGAUAUAUUUCGAAUAUUCAGGUUUUCUCUUUGUAUGAUUAAUUAACAAAAUGAAAUUAAAAA